AUUAUUUUCACUCGUUUUGUUUUGGAGUACAGACUUAAGAGUUACAGAGAGGAUUAGACUCUGGUGGAGAAAUGGGUACUUUGGAGGAUGAAAGAUCACUCUUGGAAGAUGGUCUUAUUCAGGUUAGUGGACACAGUGGGCUUUACACUGGUGAUGGUUCUGUUGACAUCAAUGGGAAGCCCGUGUUGAAACAGAAUACCGGGAAUUGGAAAGCAUGCUACUUCAUUCUAGGCACCGAAUGCUGUGAACGCUUGGCCUUCUAUGGUAUUUCCACUAAUCUUGUCACUUAUCUCACAAACAAACUACACGAAGGAAAUGUCUCUGCAGCAAAACAUGCUACCAUUUGGCAAGGCACUUGCUAUCUCACUCCCCUUUUAGGAGCAACUUUAGCAGAUGCAUACUUGGGAAGAUAUUGGACUAUUGCUGCUUUCUCCAUGAUUUACUUUCUGGGAAUGUGUGCAUUAAUUCUCUCAGCAUCGGUUCCAGCUUUGAGGCCUGCAGAAUGUACCGGUUCUGUAUGUCCAUCAGCCACUCUUGCACAGCAAGCAGUGUUCUUAUUUGGACUCUAUUUAGUUGCGCUAGGGACUGGCGGGAUCAAACCCUGUGUUUCGCCAUUUGGUGCGGAUCAAUUUGAUGAUACUGAUUCCAUGGAGAGGAUGAAGAAGGGAUCUUUCUUUAACUGGUUUUACUUCUCAAUUUAUAUUGGCAUCCUUAUGUCAAGUACUUUAAUAGUAUGGAUUGAAGAUAAUGUCGGGUGGGGUCCAGGAUUUGGAGUUCUUGCAUUGUUUGUGGGAAUUGCUAUUGCUGGUUUCAUUUCUGGUACACCCCGCUAUAGAUUCCAGACACCAGGGGAAAGUCCUAUUACAAGAAUGUGCCAAGUUUUGGUUGCAUCAUGCCGUAAGUGGAAUUUGAAGGUUCCUAGCGACGGUAGCGUCCUGUUUGAAACACGAGAAAAAAGUUCUGUUAUUGAAGGAAGCUAUGAAGUUAAUCAUACUGCCACACUGAAGUUCCUUGAUAAAGCUGCUGUAAUUUCAGAUGCUGAGAUUAGUAGCGGGGAUUUCUCCAAUCCCUGGAGGCUCUGCACUGUAACUCAGGUGGAAGAACUGAAGACUUUGAUCCAUUUGCUUCCGAUCUGGGCUUCCGGAAUAUUUAUUUCGACCGUCUAUAUACAAGUUUCGACAAUGUUCGUCGAACAAGGGAUGAUGAUGGACAGAACUUUUGGUUUUUUGACCAUCCCUUCAGCCUCUCUCUUAACUUUUGAUGUCAUUAGUGUUCUCUUCUUGCUUCCCAUUUAUGAUAGCCUGUUUGUCCCGAUGGCAAGGAAAUUUACAGGCGAGGAAAAAGGCAUUACGGUGUUGCAGCGGAUGGGAAUCGGCCUCUUUAUUUCAGUUUUGUGCAUGGCAGCUGCUGCUGUGAUAGAAAUUACUCGACUUCGACUUGCCAAAGAACUUGACUUAGUUGACAAGAAAGUAGCUGUACCUCUUAGUAUCUUAUGGCAAAUACCCCAAUACAUUUUAAUGGGCACUGCGGAGAUAUUUACGUACGUCGGGCAGCUGGAGUUCUUCUACGAGCAGUCUCCAGAUGGUUUGCAGAGUUUAUGCACAUCAUUGUGUCUUUGUACAAUUUCAUUAGGGUACUAUCUAAACUCAUUUAUUCUUACUAUUGUGACGUACUUCACAACAGAGGGGGGCAAUGUUGGAUGGAUACCGGAUAAUCUGAACGAAGGCCAUCUUGAUUAUUUCUUUUGGCUUUUGGCCGGUCUUAGUGUCUUGAAUAUGCUGGUUUACAUGGUCUGUGCCAAGAAGUUCAAACAGAAGAAGAGUUUCCAAGGGAGGAAUCAUUCAUGAGAACAGACAGCUACAGAAGUUGAUGGCACCUGCUCUUCGUGGUGUUGUAUUGCGCCGAAUCAAAUGUUCUUCAAUCGAGCCACCACAUCGAUUGGUAAAGACGGGGUUCCAACAUUGCUGCUUAGGUUCGAGCUUUUCUUAGAUCUUCAUCUUGAUGUGCUACAAUUGAAUCAUCAGACGAGUGGAGAGACAAGACGAGCUUCAUCAUAAAAAAUUUGCCAAUCUUCUCGAGACUAAUCACUCUCCAUGAUGACGCAAUCACUUGACCUCGCAACGACGACAUUCUAGUCAAACACGAGAGAGAGAGAGAGAGGUGAAAGGAUU